AUGGGUAAACUUUUAUCAAAGGUUUUAAAAAAAUUAUCAGCUGAUGGACCCAAACGUAUUCUUAUGCUUGGCUUGGAUAAUGCGGGUAAAACAACAAUACUUUAUCAAAUGAAACAUACAGAAGAUUAUAGUACUGUACCAACAGUUGGUUUUAAUGUUGAAACAAUAUCUCCAUGUCAUGGAAUAACUUUAACAGUUUGGGAUGUUGGUGGUCAAGAUCAUUUACGAACAUUAUGGCAUCAUUAUUUUGAUAAUGUUGAUGGUUUAGUUUUUGUUAUUGAUUCAACUGAUCGCAAUCGACUUUCUCUUGCCAAAGCUGAAUUAAAAGGAAUUUUUCAUCAUGAUACGAUGAAAAAUGUUCCAUUAGUUAUUAUUGCUAAUAAACAAGAUCGUACUGAUGCAUUAUCAACUGAUAUUUUAAUAGAAAAACUUGAUUUAAAUCAAUGGUAUAAUGGAACAUUUAAUAUUAUUCCUUGUUGUGCAUUAACAGGAGAUGGUUUGAAGAGUGCAUUUACAGUUCUAGCAAAAAUAAUAAGAAAACAAGCGAAAAAUCGUCAAAUAGAUGUGAUUUAA